AUGUGUAAGGAGCAUCGAUGUUCUCGAGCAAAGGAAUAUAAAGACAUUACAUCCACUUGGAUUGCUUCUCAUCUUGCUACUCAAUUAAAGGCAAAUCCAAAUAUGAAAACAAGUGCAAUGGCUGUCUACUUCAUGGAAAAGUUUCAAGUUAAGAUCCCUUAUAUUACAUUGUAUAGAGCAAAAAAGAUAGCCACUGAGGUCAAUAAAGGGAGUCAUGCUUACACAUUUGCUAAGUUGCCCAGUUAUGGUGACAUACUAAGGGAAAGAAAUCCAAGUAGUCUGUUCAAGCUACAAUUUCAUGCGAGGAAGGUCAUCUCAGAUCCUCCUGUAUUUAAGAGACUGCAUCUUUAUCAGAACUUCAAGGGCACCUAUUCUGAGGUGUUACUCAGAAGGUUGUUUUGGUCAGUAGCUAAGGCAUCUACUCCAUUCAUGUUUGAGAAGGCAACGAAUGAAAUGAAGGCCAUUAAUAAAGAUGCUCAUGAUUGGAGCAAACCCAUUCUUAUUGUAAUUGAUGAGAUAAGGAAGCAGCUACUUGAAAUGAUGGAGUCAAGAUAUUGGAUGAGUUGCACCUAUACGGGAAAAGUCACACCAAGGAUUCAAAAGAUACUAACUGUUAUAAGGACUGAAUCUAGAGGGUGUAUGGUACUUGCAUCUGGACUAGAUGAGUUUGAAGUAAUAGAUAGCAAUGGUAGAUAUGUGAUUGAUUUGAAGAAACGUUCUUGUGGAUGCAAAUUCUGGGAUGCUACAGGUCUACCAUUGUACAAAGUCAUAAUUCAUCCACUUCCUGAUUUGGAUGAGUUACCAGAAGAAUAUCCUAUGGGCAUUGUUCAGCCUCCACCCCUGAAGAGGUUAGUAGAAAGAUCAAACACAGUUGGGAAGAAGGAACCUGAUGAAGGACUAUCCGGAGAAUUUAGGAAAAGGUCUUCAAGUCCUAAAUGUGAAAGAUGCAAAGGUAAAGGACAUAACAUCCGCACCUACAAAGGACCUCCAGUUCAGAGUAAAAAGUCUUCUUCUAAUGUGAAGAGAAAGAAAAUGAGUGGAAGUAAACCUGAGAGCAACUUGUCUCAAAGACAAACAAGAUCUUCACAGGCUUCUUCAAGCUGCAUAGUUGAUGAGAAUAUACAGACCAAGAUUAAAGCCCAAUUGAAAGCUAAAGAGGAUAAAAGGAAAGCAAGGGAGAAGGCAAAAUAG